GACUUUACCUAACUGUCAAAUCAAAAAUAUUCUCCAUAUUAAUUUAGAGGGAGAAGUCAGCCAAUUAUAGUCAAUGGGAGCAUACUGUUAAUUCUAUUUUCCAUGUUUAGUCAAAGUAAAACAUUGACUAAUGUUACAACUAUCACUCGUUUAGAAAAACGUUUGUUAUUAUUAUUACUAUUACUAUUAUUGUUAUUAAUUUCCGAGUGGUCCUCGAACAAAUUAUAUGCUAUAUAUGAAUAUGUUGUGCUUUGUGCAUAAUUCUUUGGAUUUUACCCACAAUAAUUAAAAUAUUUUUAAUUAAAUAAAAAUAACACUAAAGGACGAAAUCAACCCACAAUUCCUUAUUUUAUUAUUUUUAUUAAAGACUUUUUCACUUACCACAUAUUUUAAAUAAAAAAAAUUAAAAAUAAUAAUAAUAAAUAAAAUUGGAUUUUCUAAUCAAAGUCUCUUACAAAAUGUCAACCACACUCGACCUAUGUAAUAAUUGUGUGUAUAUAUAUAUAUACAACCUCAGACAAUAUUGAAUUCACUUUCAUACAAAAUUAAACCCAACUAACUGCAUUCAAGAAUCUUUCAUACAUACAGUUUCGCCAUGGCAGAAGAUUUUCAAGGUGGAGUUUGUGGUGGAGGAAACUGGUGGCCGCCGGCGAACCCAUCGAGAAUUCAUCUCUUCGGCUCAUCUCCAUGUUCGUCGGAAUUCAUCUCCGACGCCGCCGGAAUAUUCGGCAUCAAUAACUACCAUGAUCAUCACUCCCUCAUAACAGACAUGCAAACUACUCCGGCGAACUCUUUCACCAGCGCCGACGACUCGCCGGCCGGUUCCGCCUCCGACGACGGCGCCGCCGUCUCCAUAGUCCUUCAGGCAAAACCUCACCUCAACGGAAACUUAUUCUCUAAAGAUUGGAACCAAGAUUUUCUAAGAUCAGAGCAAGAUUAUUCCAACAUGAUGAACACAAAUUUCUGCGACGAUUCUGCGAUUAAUAAUUCUUGCAAUAUAAAUAUUCAGACAUCAUUAAAUAAUAAUUAUUUAAAUAAUUUGCCUCUAAAUUCAGCUUCAUAUAGCUACACUUCAUCCUUGCUACAAAAUUUAUUCGACAUAGAUUCUCCUCAGCCACAACAAUAUUUAUUACAUAAUAAUAACAUGCAAGAACACAAUAAUAAUAACAAUUAUUCGUCUUCUCCGAAUAAUUACCCGAUGAUCAAUAAUUCGUCUGAAAUUUCGGCGAAAGAAAACCAUUUGGAGUUUACUAAUAACACACCGUUUUGGAAUGCCAUGGCCGAAGCUUCGAAUAAUGUUCGUCCCACGACGAGUUUUAUUCCGUUAAACCAAGUUAUUGCAUCCAAGAAACCUAAUCCCAACAACUUCAAUACAAAGCAUCAUAAUAAAGAAGGGAGGAAACUAGACUCGGUGGCGAAGAACGAACCUGCAACUAAGCGUCCACGAAUCGAAACUCCAUCGCCAUUACCGACUUUUAAGGUCCGAAAAGAGAAGAUGGGGGACCGGAUAACUGCCCUCCAGCAAUUGGUUUCGCCUUUCGGAAAGACAGAUACUGCAUCCGUUCUUCACGAAGCGAUCGACUACAUCAAGUUUCUCCAUGAUCAAGUCAGUGUACUGAGUAGUCCAUAUUUGAAUAGUAAACCCCCUCCACCGCAUCGUCAUCAGGCUGCUAAUAAAACAAAGGAUGAAGAAAGGCUAACACAAUUAGACCUAAAAAGCCGAGGUCUUUGCCUUGUUCCGAUAUCGAGCACUUUUCCUAUCGCUUCCGAGACAACUUCCGAUUUUUGGACACCUACUUUCGGGGGGAGCUUCAGGUAGAAAAACGGAGAUCCGAUCCGAAAAAAAAAAAAACUUUCAAAUAAAAAAAAAGGCAAUGAUUUUAAGCAACAUUGUUAGUGUUUCUGCAAGUAUUCAGAAAAAAAGCAAGGCAAUGAAAAAAGAGAAAAAGGAAAGACAGCCCAUUAUGCAUGGGCCAUGCAUGUAUAUAAUCAUGUUGUGUUUAGCAAAUGAUUAUGGGAAUAUAGGGUUAAUUAAUUAAGGUUAUUUUUCUUAAUUAAAGUAGUUAGUUGUAAUGAACUAUAUAUAUUAAUUUGUGUUUGAUUAAGGGGGAGGAACAGGUGUUAAAUUCAGCUUUAGGUUUAGGUUUAGGAGAUCUGAUCAGCUGAAUUUAGCGGCAGCUUGUAUUAAUGAAGUUUCUUGUUCCUGCUUCUGUAUUAAAACAAUUAAUUAAUGCAUUUAUUGUUUUAUCUAA